ACCAGAAGUUACGUAUGCACACCAGCCACCAGGAUGUCCUUCCUGUCACCAACCAUUAUCUCUUUCAGAUUCAAGUCUUUGGAUUCAUUGCUGUGGUCAGCAGCUUCUUUCUACUGUUUGCCUGGAACCAAUAUAGAGGGACAACAUUAAUCAAACACAACCAAACGUUUAUAAAUGAUUCUAAGGAAUUUCCAAAUCAUGAAGUGCAUCAUAUAAAUAACAAAACUGUAAGCAAGAAGAAACAGGAAUUGGUUCAGUUAAACAACAAAACUAAAUAUAUUAUUUAUUACUGUGUUAAUAAUCUAGAGUGUGGAGGUUGGGGAGAUAGGCAGCAUGGAAUAGUGUCUGUAUAUUUAAUAGCACAAGCCAUGGGUCGUCGUUUUGGCAUCAUUAAUUCAAAACCUUGUAAUUUUGCUAAUUAUCUUCAACCAAACAAAAUUAACUGGACAAUUGGCCCAAAAGAGUUGCAGGGCCUAAAAAGCCAUCACCUCCGUUUGAUUGGCAACAAAAGGUACGCUUCCUCUUUACAAUCAGCAGACUUAGAAAGAAGUCACCCUCAAAAUGUCCUCUAUGUGACAACAAAUGUAAUCUAUUUUCACGCCUUAAUAGAGAAUCCUCGCUAUAAAAAACAACUUCUUUGGGCAUCACAAAUGCCAUACGGAAACGUAUUUGGUAAAAUAAUGAAUUUAUUGUUUCGCUUCAGUAAUCAUGUUCAAGAGAGGUUUGACAAAUUCUUUGAAGUCAUUAUCCCCGAGCCAAAUAUACAUCUGGUGUGUGCUCAGAUUCGAAUUGGACGGAACCCUGCAAUGACAUAUGAUGAACGGAAGCUGUCAAUAUCAGAUGUUCAGAUUGUCUGGAACUUCUUAAGUAAAUACAACAACACCAGCAAGUACAAAAUAUUUGUGACAACAGACUCAAAACAGAUACAGGAGAUAGCUUUAAAAGAAUUUGCUUCUCAAAUCAUGUACAGCCCUGGGGAAAUAAUUCAUGUGGAUCAGCCACGUAAAGCGGUGAAAAAUAAGUGUGAUAGUGUAAGGAAGAUCCUUAUGGACCAAUAUAUUCUGACUGAAUGUGAUACGUUGAUAAUAAGCCGAAGUAAUUUUGGUGAAAAUGCUAUGAUGAUGAGUCAAAAAGAAAACAUAGUGUUUUAUUUUAAAAAAGGAAAUAUAACAAGGAUCAACAAAGAAAAAUUUUUUCAUGACAGGUAAAAAAAACUUUGUUGUGAGACAGGAGUUUUUUGACACACAGAAUCUGAAAAUGAUAUCCACGUGAUAUCAUCAUGUCAAGAUUUUAAGAUACUGGAUACAUAGAAUUUCAUUGUUCUUUCAAUAAAACAGCUUAUGAGGAAUAAAGUAUAACAUACAAACAUACAUAGCAAUUGAUUUUCCUUCAAAACCAGAAUGUUUUCUUAAAAUUCUACUGAAGAACUAUUAAAAAUCUUCUAAUUUCUAUAGGCAAAUUAUAUCAUUAUUUUAUGCCUAAUUUCCCAUGAAUAUCUGUUUGGAUACUUUGCUUGAGUGACGAACCCCAAGAAAAUCAUGAGCCGAGUUCUAGUAAUAGUCCAUCAUCGUAUAAAGUCCCAUUUGCCUUGAUAGCUUUGUUCCAUUGAUUUUAUGUCCUGAUGAAAAUGUUCUCCAUGCUUGUCACUUGUGUCACCAAGAUUUUUAGGGAAUUCAUCAUGGUGACUCUGGGGGUAGUGCAACUUUAUGCUCAUAUUUGCCGUCAACAUUUAAAAAUUCUCCAGCAUGUUGUCGACUAUUUUAGCAUAACUGGCUGCUUUCUUGUUUCCCAGAAAGUUAUUUACAACUAUCACAAAUAAGUUUCAUGUUUCAUUUUCUCAUCUUUCAUAAAUUUUCUGAUCUGAGGCUCAUCAAAUACUCCAGCAUUUAUCUUUCUGCUGCUGAGACUGGGAAAUAUGUUGCAAAAAUAGUGAAAAAAACGGUCUGUCUUUAUCCAGAACUUCAACAAACUGCUUCAUAAUACCAAGCUUCAUAUAGAUUGGAGGAAGGUUUUUUUUUUUUUUUUUUUUUUUUUUUUUUUUUUUUCUUUUUUUUUUGUAAAUAAAAGGCUUGAAUUAAAGACUUGUAGCAGUAGCUAGAUAGUUGAAUGAACUUCCUUGCAAGAAAGAUUUUAGAGUAACUUCCCUUCCUCAGUUUCUCCAGAGUAACCUCCCUUUCUAAGUUUCUCCAAUCAUGUGUGUCAUGAGACUCGAUUCUUAAUUAUUCAAGAAGCUUAACGUUUCUCUUGGAAGUUUCUUGAAUGUCUAACGUUCCACUAAUAAAAACAGCUUGCUAACCCUGCUCAUAACAAAGAAAACAACAACCACACAGGCAUGCACAUAAGAAAAAUUUCACCAGUCCACUCCCAAACCAAACCCCAAUAGAAAGAGAUACAUAAAGUACAAUGGAAAAAAAAAAAAAAAAGUGGCUAGAGUUUUUGGAGGACACCUGCUAGUGUUCAUAUAUAAGUGGGUACAAGACAUGCCAGGCCAUAUUAGGUUGGCAAAAGUUCUUGAUAAACUGUACGAAUCGUGUAAAAAAAAGAUAUCCCAAUGAUUUGUUGGACGUGACUAAAGAAGUGGUCCAGAAAAUACGAGAGGCUGCACCCCAGAGAGAAAAAAACUAGUGACCAACCGAAGUGAAAUAUAUGCAGCCAACAUUAGAACCUGUAGUAACGCCUUCGCAUGCGUAGAAUUAAUAAAGCAAGCGUUUCCCGAUCAAUUCAUUCUCUUUCACGCUGGCCAGCGAUUGAGCAAGGACGUGUGUUUAAAGCUGUCUCUACAUCUUUCGGUCUUAUACUCGACAGCUCAUUAUACUCACCUCUAAAGAUGUAUAACUAAAGAUUUGUAUGUUUUACCAAGUAAAUAAAUGUUGUUUAAGUUGUUUAGUCUGGA